AUGAACGAUGCAGUCACAUCUUUGCUGACUGAGCACUUCAGUUAUACGCCGUUGUCACUCAUCGACGACAUCAUUAAUUCAAUCAAUAACCUCAUCUAUCAAGCAAUAUCGAGUCUCGAGAACGGCCUCCUCAAUACUCCUCCUGAACGACUCGGGUUUGGCCAUGCCGACAACGCGUCAUCAUCAAUACCAGACACCGAUGCCGACGGCAAUAUUGAGUAUCCGGAAGCAAGGCUAGAAAUUGAAAAUGGACUGCAUCAGCUCGAGACAUUAUUCGAAUCAUCGGUAGACAAGUCAUUUGAUAAACUCGAGAUUUAUGUUCUGAGAAAUAUCUUCACUGUGCCUGACGAUCUUGUGAACUAUAUGAAACUGGGGCAUUAUGAGAAUUUGUCAUUUUCUAAUCAAGAUGCCAACGCCCCGACGCCGGAGUCAAUAAACUUGCAGCGAAAGAAACUCAGAGAGACGCGCAAACUUCAGCAAGCGCUUCAGAACGAAUGCUCACAAAACGAUGCUGUAAUCGCGCAGUUACGGGGUAUACUCUCAAUGGCGCAAGACAAGCCGGACUCGAAUGCACCAGCAACCUCGGGGGGACUUCCAAAUCUAUCCUUCUUAACAUCCCACCCCACUGCAAGUAUGCUCCGCGUCGGCCAGAAUAAUUCGCUGACAACCAACACGGACUUUGUCUUAUCGCAACUCCCUGCCCUGCAUGCUGUGACGGAGAAAUUACGAGCGAAGUUAUCGACACUACCAAACACAAUCCCCGCAGGUACCAAGAAGCGCAACGAAAGACAGGAAUAUAUUGAUAGUAGAAUCAAAAUACAUCUUGAGCGCGCCGGUGAACCAGUUCUGGGUGAUGGCAACACUGUGAUUGCUGGGAGGAAAAUCUCCAGCGCCGAAGCCCAGGCGCUUGAAGCGGUGGGGGGUAUUCUUAAUGAUGAGAAAUUAUGA